GAUGGCUGCAGCCGAGACAUUUGUAUUUAACAUAGCACAAAAAGUGCUGGAGAAAUCGGGAUCCCUGGCUUUCCAAGAAGCUCGCUUGAUAUGGGGUGCUGAAAGUGAUCUGGGAAGAUUUGAAAAAACCCUCUCCACCGUCAAAGCUGUGUUGUUGGAUGCAGAAGAGCAGCAGGUUCAUAACCAGGAGCUGACCGUCUGGCUUGGGCAGCUCAAAGAAGUGUUUUAUGAUGCUCAAGAUGUCCUUGAUGAAUUUGAGUGUGAAGCACUGCGGAGGCAAGUGGUGGAAAUGCAGGGGAGCACCACCAGGAAGGUAAGCCGUUUCUUUUCUUCCUCUAAUCCACUUGUAUUUCGAACCAAGAUGACUCACAAAGUCAAAGAAAUCAGAGCACGUUUAGAUGAGGUUGCAGCCGGUAGGGCUAAGUUUCAUCUCUCUCCACGGUCGGAUGAUAGGCAUGUGGUGCGUGGAAAGGAGAUGAGUUACUCCUUUGUCCAGGCUUCAGAUGUGAUAGGAAGAGACCAAGACAAAGAAAAAAUUGUGAAGCAUCUAAUGGAUCCUAGUGAUGGUCAAUCCAUCUCUGUUGUUCCUGUAGUUGGGAUUGGAGGUCUUGGCAAGACUGCGUUAGCUAAACUGGUGUUUAAUGAUGAAAGAGAGUGAUAGAGCAUUUUGAGUUAAAGUGUUGGGUGUGCGUGUCUGACGAAUUCGUUUUUAAAACAACUACUGGUAAAAAUUAUCAAAUCAAUAACCAGUGAAAAUUGUAGCGAUUUGGAUGAAGAGCAGUUGCAAAUGCUACUUCGAAAUAAUUUGGAUGGCAAGAAAUUCUUGCUCGUCUUGGAUGACUUAUGGAACGAGGACAGGGGAAAAUGGAUUGAGUUGAGAAAUUUGUUGAUGGGGGGUGCCAAUGGAAGUAAGAUUCUUGUGACUACACGCAGCCCAACAAUUGCUUCCAUGAUGGGCACCAUGUCCCCAUACAACUUGGAAGGUCUUUUACAUCAAGAGUGUCUGUACCUAUUUAUAAAAUGGGCAUUUGAUGAAGGAAAAGAGAGGCAGCACACAAACCUUGUGGAAAUUGGGGAUGCGAUUGUGAAAAAAUGCAAAGGGGUUCCCUUGGCAGUGAAAUCGCUAGGAAGCCUACUAUAUUCAAAGCUUGAUGAACGUGAUUGGCUAUUUGUAAGAGAUAAUGAAAUGUGGAAAUUGAACAGAAAAGAAGGGGAUAUUUUGUCGAUCUUGCAAUUGAGUUACAAUCAGAUGCCAUCUUACUUGAAACAAUGUUUUGCUUUUCUUU